AUGCAUUCGUUCUUUCUUUCUUUUUCUUUAUUAAUUUUCAUUUUCUCAAGAUCUUCAUUUCUCUUUUUAAUUUCUUUUUUCUUCAUUAUUCAAUUAUUCACACUUAUUCAACUUCGUUCUUCAUUUUUGUUUCAUUUACUCUUUCUUUUUUUUUCCUUCAUUAUUACAUCGUCCUCUCUUUUUCUCUGUUCCAUCCUUUUACGCCUAAUCUACUUCUUUAUUAUUUUCCUUCUUUUAAAUAUUAAUAUCCUUUUUGUUUUAUCUUUUAUUGAUCUUUCUGUUCCUAAGCAAUUUAUUGUCCAUUCUUCUUCUUCUUCUUUCCUCCUCCUCCUCCUCCUCCUCCUCCACAUCCUCCUCCUCCUUAAAUUCUUACUAUUUGUAGAUCAUUCUUUCUCUCCCUAUUCUCUCUCUCUCUUUCUCUUUCUCUCUCUUCAUUUUAUGCAUAAUCGACUUCUUCAAUCCUUUCAUAUUCUUUAUAUUCAUAACAGUUUCAUCUUCUUUCUAAUCAUACUGUUUUUUUUAUCUCUCUCUUCCUUAUAUUCUUCUUCUUCUUCUUCUUCUUCUUCUUCUUCUUCUCCUCCUCCUCCUCCUCCUUCUUCUUCGCCUUCAUCUAUUUCUUCUUCUUUUAAAUUCUUCUUCUUCUUCUUCUUAUCUUCUCCUCCUCCACCUCCUCCUUCUUCGCCUUCAUCUAUUUCUUCUUCUUCUUCUUCUUCUCCUCCUCCUCCUCCUCCACCUCCUUCUUCUUCGCCUUCAUCUAUUUCUUCUUCUUCUUCUUCUUCUUCUUCCUCCUCCUCCUCCUCCCCUUCCUUCUUCUUGCCUUCAUCUUCUUCUUCUUAUAUUCUUCUUCCUCCUUUCCACCUCCUUCUUCUUCGCCUUCAUCUAUUUCUUCUUCUUCUUCUUCUUCAUUAUUCUUACUCUCUGUAG